AAGCUCCUGAGCCGCCUCAGCCAAAUUGAACCACUUGAGUGUGAACAGGUGUAGAAGUGUUACUGGCUCGAUCGAGUGUUUGCAAAAAAAAGCCCUUGAACUUUUCUUAUGUUCUACUGCAGACUUGGUAAAAAAAUGAAUUUAUUUCAUGUUGUCUUUUCUUCUGCAAUGUUUAGUCGCAUAGUUUACCGUUUGUCCAGUGCAUGAUAAAUAUGUUGUGGCUUGUGAUCACUUGCAACUAAACAAACAUAGGCAGAAGGUAAAUAAGGUCACUAACCAGCUUUCAUUGGAUGUGCAAAACUGCUGGAAGCAACAUCAUCCCAGAGUACACCUAGGCGGUAAAAUCGAACAGCUACUGUGUCCCUUUAAUUCACCAGUAUUGGCCAAUUGUACCACAUUUUUUAUCAAUGAAAUCGCUCGCCAUGCUUACGACAACCGUUAUCUUUGUUGUUUAAAGAUAAAACGCUUAGAAGAUAGCGCAAUAGUGGAUCUGUUUUGGUAUUCAUUCCUUCCGGUGCAUUAUUCGUGAUUCGGCCAUAAAAGUGAUAACAACGCAUUUUCUGCGAAUAUUUGAAUACGACAGUUGUAUAGCAGUUUAGUGGUCAGCAAAAUGGUAUCGAUGCGUUCGCUAAAGCCCCAAUCGGCUCUGAUAUGUGUUGGCUUGCUAAGUUUGAUAAUAUUGCUCAGCUGUUAUCAUCGGUCGAUGAAUGCGAGAAUCGCGACUCUUCAACUGCAAUUGAAAGAGAGGGAGCCACAGCCAGCGCAUCAUAUUUCAGUCGACAAAGCAAGCCAUGCCGUGACUGUUUCUUCGCAGCAGAAUGCCACAGAGCAACCGGUAAAAGAAGAGUUGCCAGCUCCUCCGGGAGAUAUGGGAGCACCGGUUUUCAUUCCGGAUGAUGCCCCUCUGGGUGUGCGGGAAGUGAUGGAGCGGCAGUUUAAGACGUUCGCUCUGAACGAAUAUGCCAGUGCGUUGAUAUCGGCCCAUCGAAGACUGCCCGAUUACAGGGACCCUUGGUGUAAGGUGAAGGGUCGAAUAAUGGAACACCUGCCGGAGACUACGGUGGUCAUCGUGUUCUUCAACGAACCUUGGUCGGUGCUGGUGCGUACGGUGUAUUCGGUUCUGGAUCGAUCGCCUCCAGAAUUGGUUAAGGAAGUGUUGCUGGUCGACGAUUACUCUUUUAUGCCUCACACGAAAACCCAGCUGCAGGAAUACUUCGCCAAAGAGCCGAAAGUGCGCAUACUGCGAUCGCCGCAGCGGUUGGGUUUGAUCAAAGCACGCCUAAUGGGCGCUCGGAAUGCCACCACGGAGAUUCUCACCUUCCUGGACGCCCACUGCGAAUGCACAACGGGAUGGCUUGAGCCGCAGCUGGAUCGAGUAGCCAGGAAUCCCACCACGGUUGCCAUACCAACCAUCGAUUGGGUCGAUGAGCACAACCUGGCGUUCAUCGCGAAUAGGUCGCAUAUUUAUUACGGUGCAUGUGAUUGGGGGCUGCAAUUCGGGUGGCGAGGACGAUGGGACCGAAAGGUUAAACCGGAGAAUAAGCUCGAGCCAUUUCCGACGCCCAUUAUGGCUGGGGGUCUGUUUUCCAUCAAUAAGACGUUCUUCGCCCAUAUAGGGUGGUACGACGAAGGACUGGGUAUUUACGGGGGCGAAAACGUGGAACUCUCUCUGAAAGCAUGGAUGUGUGGAGGACGGCUUGAAACGAUUCCUUGCUCGAGGGUGGGUCACAUACAAAAGGCCGGUCAUCCCUAUCUGGAUGGUGUGAAGACCGAUUGGGUCAGAGUUGGAUCCGUUCGAGUGGCGGAAGUUUGGAUGGAUCAAUAUGCCCAGGUAGUGUACGAUAUGUUUGGCGGUCCGGAAUUCCGAGGAAAUUUUGGAGAUGUUUCCGACAGGAAGAAGCUACGGGAAAGUCUCAACUGCAAGUCGUUCAAAUGGUACUUGGAAAACGCCUUCCCGGAGUUGGAAGAUCCCGUUAGCUAUGGAGUGGGACACGGCAAAUUCACGAAUCUCGGAGUUGGGAAAAACUUCUGCCCUCGAUAUCGAAAGGCUGGAUACACAUUCCGAAUGGAACCGUGCACUGAUGACGAUUACCAGCACUGGGUUCAUAACAUGCUGGGCGAGAUUAGCACUUCAAAUGUCUGCUUGGAUUACGACGGAAUAACGCUGUAUAUGUUCGAGUGCCACAAGGGCCAGGGCAACCAAAAGUGGCGCUAUUCGAAGAGUACCAAGCAGUUUACCAACGUGAAAAAUAAAGUUUGUUUGGACGUGGGACCUGCGCCGGAAAUGAAAUUGGUGGCUGAGAAGUGCAAUGCGACGAAAGAAUCUCAAAAAUGGGAGUUUCCAUUUUUAAAUUUGGACUGAAAUUCAAAUAAUAGUUUAAGCUAUAAAAUUUGUUUUAUUUUUACAAUAUUUUUUUUUAAUAAAUUAACUCAUUUGAUUUGUAGCUAUUCCAAGAAAGAGCUCCAAAACAAA